UCCAAACGGAUACUACGCAAUUACCUUGGGCUGAUAUCUCUGAAGGCACCGUCCAUUUCAGACCUAAUUUUGAUCAAAGCCAUUAGCUCUUCUCGCGGCCACCGGUUCGCGCCGCUUGAGUUCCUCUGCGUCUGCCUCUCCUCGCUUCUGUCAACCAGAUUCUUCUCAACGAAUUGAACCAAAAAUACGACUCCUGGUGUUCUUCUCAUGUUCUUGAUUCGCAGGUUUCGUGGUAGCCGAAAAGAAAAUUAGUUUUGCAUUUUAUAUUUCCUACGUUUUCAACUUCUAAUUUUUUAGGAGGGGCCAGCAUGGAUAGUUGCUACCGUUGUAGCCAUGGAUGCUGGGAAGGAUGAAUGGUACUAUAAAUCUUGCUGGAGGUGUUCCAAGAAAUGCAUGGGCAAAGGAAAGUGAUUUUGGUGUGAAAACUGCAAGGAAGGUGCAUACAUGAGAUAUAAGUUGAAUGUAUAUUUGACUGAUGUCAUUGGCAACUUUUGCACACUUGAAGCUUUAACACAUCCAAAAAUGAAAACAAGGGAUCAGUUUUGGGUCUUGCAAUGGGGAGAGCUCCUUGUGGCUAGAAAAUUGGAUUCAAGAAGAGAAACAAAUUAUCAAUUUGCAUAAAAUGCACAAAAUUAGGUACACUGGAUCAAGAUGCUUAUGUUUGUGAAUGUUUGCUACUCAGAGAGGUUGGAUUAAGCUGAGUAUACCUUUUUCUUGCCUCAAUUUAAGAUAUCUAAAGCAAUGUUGCUUAAACACUGCUCAAAUCCGAAACAUAUUUUUCAACACAGAAAUGUGCACACCCUCAAGGAGACAAUUCUUGGGCAGAUAAAGGGAUGUGUGACAACAAAAACACUGGAAUUUGUCUAUGCCUCCAUGAUCAAGACCAAUGCCAACCAAGAUUGCUUCUUGAUGAACCAGUUUAUAAGUGCAUGUUCUCUAUUUUCAUGCAUAGAUUUAGCAACUUCAGCUUUUACUUGGAUGGAAAGUCCUAAUGCUUGGGUUUAUAAUGCAUUGGUCAGAGGCUGUGUUCAUUGCUGUCACCCAAACCAAGCGUUACUUUAUUAUACACAUAUGUUGAGGAACAACGUCAAGCCUACCAGUUAUUCGUUUUCAUCUUUAGUUAAGGCCUGUACUUUGUUGAUGGAUUCAGUUUCAGGCAAAGCUGUUCAUGCCCAUGUUUGGAAACAUGGAUUUGAUUCUCAUGUGUUUGUUCAGACUACGCUCAUCGAGUUUUAUUCAAUUUUAGCCGAGCUGCGUGACUCCAUAAAGGUGUUUGAUGCUAUGAAUGAAAGAGAUGUUUUUGCUUGGACUACAAUGAUUUCUGCUCAUGUUCGAAACGAGGACAUGAAUUCUGCUCGCCAGUUAUUUGAUGAAAUGCCUGAAAAAAAUAUUGCUACAUGGAAUACCAUGAUUGACGGGUACACAAAAUCAGGGAAUGUUGAGUCUGCUGAAAUCUUGUUCAAGCAAAUGCCUUCUAGAGAUGUUAUUUCUUGGACAACCAUGAUGACUUGUUAUACUGGAAACCAAAGGUAUGGUGAUGUAAUAGCACUUUUUCAUGACAUGAUCAACAAUGGAAUGAUCCCUGAUGAAGUGACUGUGACCACUAUCAUUUCAGCCUGUGCCCAUCUAGGAGCUCUUGAAUUGGGAAAGGAGGUACACCUCUAUUUGAUGCUGAAUGGGUUUAAUCUUGAUGUUUACAUCGGCUCUUCGCUUGUUGAUAUGUAUGCAAAAUGUGGGAACAUUGAUAAGUCUCUUUUGGUGUUCUACAAAUUGCAAAGGAAAAACCUGUUUUGUUGGAAUGCUGUGAUUGAUGGGCUUGCAACACAUGGAUAUGCAGAAGAAGCAUUAAGUAUGUUUGGCGAAAUGGUGAGGAAAGGAAUCCAACCAAACGCAGUUACAUUCAUUAGUAUCCUAACUGCUUGCACCCAUGCUGGGUUCGUAAACGAGGGUCGUCGCUGGUUUAUGAGCAUGAUGCAGGAUUAUUGUAUUACUCCUCAGAUUGGGCAUUAUGGAUGCAUGGUUGACUUGUUGAGCAAGGCAGGGUUGCUUGGGGAAGCUUUAGAGAUUAUUAGAACCAUGACAUUUGAACCUAAUUCCUUUAUUUGGGGUGCCUUGUUGAAUGGGUGUAAGCUUCACAAGAACUUGGAGAUUGCUCAUAUUGCAGUUCAGAAUCUGAUGAUUCUUGAGCCGGGUAACAGCGGGCACUAUAGUCUUCUUGUUAACAUGUAUGCUGAAGUAAAUAGGUGGAAUGAUGUUGUGAAGAUCCGGAAAACCAUGAAGGAUUUUGGCAUAGAAAAGAAAUAUCCUGGGCAUAGCUGGGUAGACAUCGAUAAGGAAAUUCAUCUAUUUGCAGCAUCUGAUAAACAUCAUCCAUUGUACGGUCAAAUUCACUUGUUGCUAGCUGAACUCGAGGAGCAGUUGAGGCCAGCUAGCAAUGUCUACGAUAUGGAGCUUUUUGUAUAAUGACUUAGACUCUUUAAGCAAGAGUCUUUAGGAGUUAGAAGGAAUAUCAUUGUAUCAAAGAAAGGUAUAAAAUGUGAUGAAAUUUGUACAUAGCUAAACAGUUGAAGAGUAAGCCCAAAAGAAUGCUUAGCUUCCUUUAUGUGCUGUUAAUUAUUGUCUUUUGGCAGCUGAUAUAAGUUUGGUCUAUACUAGGCUUUGAAAUUGAUUUUGAGAAUCUAUUGCAUUAACGGGAUUUAUUAUCUCAAUGUAUUUGAUGA